AUGCCCAGCAACGCCCAGAAAUGCCGAAGUGAGCGCCGAACGUUUCCAAGCUUGAAACCGGAUUCUGCCAGCCGGCCCUGCGGGAGGCCGCUGCUGCUCUUCAUGCCGCAUUGCGACAGGGCCUUGUACGAGACGGUCCUUGCCGAGAACGAGGCGUGGCCUUGGCCUGAUGCUUUGGCCGACAUCGUUCUCGUCGGAAAUUCUUUCAAGGCUUACCAGGAGCGCGACGACCUCCGCAUGGUUGCAAGUGGCCCUGGAGCUCCGAGCCGUGACAGUGUCCUCCAACGGCUUUACCCAGCCGUGUCGGAGUCGCCAUUGCCGGAGUUCGCGCCGCACCCGGAGGCCUUCAACGACAUGUCGGUAAUGACCUUUCCUCUGAGCUUGCUACAAGCGAUGACGGCUGGGCCGGGCAGCUCACAUGGAAAAUGGAGCAGAGAGCAGCAGUAG